GUGACUAUCUCUCCCAAACCUAUGGGGAAUAUCACAGGUAUGGCACUGCCCAGCAGCUUCCUGUCCGAGGAGCAGUUCUCCUGCCCCAUCUGCCUGGACAUGUUCUCCAACCCCGUGUCCACACCGUGUGGCCACACCUACUGCCUGAACUGCAUCACCUCCUACUGGGACGGAAAGAGCAACCAGAAGGCCUGGCAGUGUCCACUGUGCAAGGAGAGCUUCCGCCGCCGCCCCGACCUGCACGUCAACCACACGCUCAAGGAGAUCACCGAGCAGUUCAAGCGCAUGGCAGAGGCCGCUGCCUCGGCCAGCGCCACAGUGGACACCGACAGCACCACCUCCCGCUCAGUCGAGAAUAGACCCAAAGAGCUCCCUAGCGAGGUCAUCAGCGAGAUGAAGAGCCGUUUCCAGAGGCCAAUGUCCACGCACAGCGGCCUCCCGCCUCCUCCACCCUAUGAGGCCCACUGUCCUCCCCCUGUGGGCCUCUCACGGAGGUUCUCUGUGAGCAGUUCAGGAGGCGAUCCUUCCUCCGAUGCACCUCCAUGCCCCCUGCACCAGCUAGGACUAGAGCUCUUUUGCCGCAAUGACCAGGUGUGCAUUUGUACGGCCUGCUUGGAGAGGGAGCACUACGGACACUCAGCUGUGCCUGCCAAGAGGGAGUGGGCCAUUAAGAAGGCUCACAUGGGCAUUGCAGAGGUGGAGUUACAGGAUAUGAUCAAGCUGAGGGAGAAGAAGGCCGAGGAGAUCAAGACUGCUCUGGCUGAUAUCCAGGUCAAAGCCGAUCAGGAGAGCCAGGGCAGCGGCAGCAUGUUCACGUCUCUGGUGGCAGCCAUCGAGGCCAGCCAGGCCGAGCUGCUGGAGGUGGUGGAGAGGGGCCGCCGCGCCGCCGAGCUGCAGGCGCACAAACUCACUCACGACCUGGAGGGGGAGAUGGACGAGCUGAGGAGAAGGACCUCCGCUUUAGCGCAGCUCUCCCAGGCCACCGAUCACGUCUUCUUCCUCAAGACCUUCUCAUCACUCUCUAUGCAACGUCCCCUGAUGAGGGAGUGGGAACAGGUAUCGUUGACUCCUGACCCCAUAGCCGGGGCGGUACUGAGCAACGUCACUCACACGGUGGAGCGCAUCCAGGAGGAGCUGAAGAAGCUGCCAGAGAUCUGUUUGCAUUCACCAACACCAACAACAUCCCUUGCCUCAUAUCAGCCAAGAGUCCAGAGAGUACAAGACUUUGCAGCUUCAGUCUCUCAUCACCCCAACUCCACCUUUUCACACCCAGAAAAUGUGACCCUUGACCCUGCCACCGCUCACCCACGGCUGGUCCUCUCCGCCGACUACAAGCAGGUUCACUGUAGUGAACAUUCCCAGUCUGUGCCCGACUGUCCGCAGCGCUUCAACCGCGUCGUCUGUCUCCUGGCCAUGCAGGCUUUCACCUCCGGCCAGCACUACUGGGAGGUGUAUGUGGGGGGCAAGACAGACUGGGACUUGGGUAUAGCCAGCCACUCCGUCAACCGCAAGGGAAAGAUCAUGGUCAGCCCCACAAAUGGCUACUGGUUCCUCAGCCUGCGCAACCAAGAUGAGUAUGCCUUCCGCACUGACCAACCCACACCACUGGAUCUGCCCAGCAAGCCCCAUAGGAUUGGCAUCUUUGUGGACAUAGACAAGGGACAGGUUUCCUUCUACAAUACGGGUUCCAGGCAGCUUAUCUACACCUACACAGACACCUUCUCGGCUGCCAUCCACCCUUUCUUCAGCCCCUGCACCAACAAGUCAGGCAAAAAUGAGGCACCGCUGGUCAUCUGCCCCGUCUCACAGGAGUGACCCAAGAGGGGAAUGGGACACAUGUCCGUGUUGAGUUUCUUCUCCUAGUAUAUCUGUAUAUAGUUUGGAUAGUUUGGACAAAAUAAAAGUUUUCAGCUUCAGCUGCACAGUAACAGCCACAAGUUAUUCAGAUCAUGGAGUUUUCUUUGCAAAUACACAGGCAAACAAACACUCGAAUUCCCAUACCCACACACACACAC